GCUCCAUCCGCUUUUCUUCUUUCUUUGCUAUGCAUUUACAACACUUCAACAGCUAUCCUCUCAUAACUAUCUGAUUCAUCAUACAUACUGCGAUUCAGUACAAUGCAUACAAUCAAUCCCAGUCGUGAACUUAAAACCAUGUCAAAACACGCCUUUUGCUAUGAAUGUCAGGUCACGAAACGUGUGGGCGAACUAAAACUUUGCAGUCGUUGUCGAAAUGCAAGGUACUGCUCUGCAGAAUGCCAAAAGAAGCAUUGGAAGACGCACAAGGCGUUCUGCAAAUCCCCAGACAAAAGUAAACUGGAGACGGACGACGAGUCGUGGAAGAAUGUCUUUCAGGAAUAUGGUCACAAAAAAACGAGUGUGCUCACCCCGGUCACGGAAAGUGUCCAGCAACAGUACGAUCGCUUGAAGGCUUGGACGGAUAAGUGGAAGCCUACGAUACUCAAUUGGGCGCUAUGGUCGAUGAACAUUCCCUCUCCUUCGACUAGAGAAGAUAAGCUAACUAAAUUCACAUUCAUGUUUGAGCUUCAACGACGCGCAAACCCGCCUACACCAGAGCAUUACUUCGAAAUGCACGGUGCAGAAAUUAUGCACGCAUCCGAAGUAAUCGCACUUCUGAAUUAUAUGAAGCGAAGUGAUAUCCUAGAGGAAUGGCGAAAAAUUCCUCGUCGAAAAGACACUAUCCAAAUAAUGAUUGUUUGGAAAGGACAUAUAAUUUACUGCGAACGACAUGUACCCAACUUCAAAGACCUUAGGAAGAAGGCUCGAGAUGACCCUACACGUCUUGGCUAUGAUGCGCUGGCAAAUAACUGGGUUGAAGAAUUAAGGAAGGCUAUUGAUUCUGCCGACCCUGAAUACCAUCAGAAAUUUUACAAUCGUACUUGGGGAGAGGUUGCAAUGGAGGCAAGCUUCGUGAGUGGCCUGACGGCGGUGCGCGGAGCAAUUGAGGAAAUCAGAAUCCGAGAAGAAGGUCAACUUUCGAGCGAAGUAGACUAGUCUUCAUAAUAUUAUCUUUAACAAUAAUCUUACAGCACCAUACUGAUUCCAACUGAAGCAGCUAAGUAUAUUGGAGGGUACUGCUUAUUAUCAGUUUUAACUUCUUAGAGGGAAUGAGAUGCAUCGCUUGUGCUCUCCCUUCAUUUUCACCACUGACGUUAAU